AUGCAGAAACCCCGUCUGCCGGUCAAGCAGCUUGCGAUUUUGGCCAUAUGUCGAUUCGCUGAGCCCAUUGUCUUCACGUCUAUUCUUCCAUACCUUCCGGAACUCAUCCAACAUGUCGGCGUCCCCAAACCCGAAGUCGCCAAAUGGGCCGGUAUCGCCUCAGCGGUCGCCUCCGUGAGUCAGGCUAUAAUGGCCGUCCCUUGGGGCGCGUUAUCCGAUUAUAUUGGCCGCAAGCCGGUAAUUGUCAGCGGCUUAUUCUGCACCAUGAUACUGUCUAUUCUGUUGGGCAUGUCCUCGUCCUUGACCAUGGUCCUUGUGACACGCGCGCUGACUGGCCUGAUGAAUGGAAACGUGGGCAUCAUCCGGACGAUGGUUGCAGAGAUCGUGCCUGAGCGCGAGCUCCAGCCGCAGGCCUUUAGUAUCAUGCCGCUGGUAUGGACGAUCGGCAGUAUUUUCGGACCGGCAUUCGGGGGUGCCUUGGCGCGGCCAGCAGAAAAAUUCCCAGGGCUUUUUGGAGGCUCAGAGUUUUUGAAGAAGUAUCCGUUUGCGUUGCCGAAUCUUGUCGCGGCUUGUUUCUUUGUCGUUGGGAUUUUUAAUGGCAUUCUGUUCUUGCGGGAAACACACAUCACCCGGAAACAUCAGCGCGAUUAUGGUCUUGAGCUUGGAAAGGCACUGACUCGGCCAUGUACUUCGCGGAAUAAGCGGAGUACAGAAGCGAAGGCCUCGGAUGAGGAACGAGCCACUUUGCUUCCUCGCAAACCAAAGGAGGCGAAGCCCGUUGCACGGCCUAGCUGGUCACAGGUCUUCACGCCACAGUCCUGUUUGAUCCUUACCUCAUACACACUGAUCUCCGGACUUGGAAUGGCAUUCGAUGCCGUAUUCCCCGUUUUCCUCAACUACCCUGUUCAAGACUUCGACAAUAACCCAGAUGUACAACUACCAUUCAAGUUUGCAGGUGGAUUCGGUGUCGAUUCUCAAACAAUCGGCAUAUACUAUACUAUCAUCGGUGUAGUUGGCAUGGUCAUUCAAUUCCUCGCCUUCCCACCAAUCGCCCAGCACCUCGGUAUCCUCCGCUGCUUUAAAAUGGCCGCCAUCGCCCAGCCAAUCAUCUUCUUCCUCACGCCUUUCACAGUUCUGGUCCCAAAGCCCUUCAAGCUCCCAGCCGUGCUCCUAAUCAUGCUCGCCAAACUUAGCACAACAGUUUUCGGUAUUCCUUGCUCGACAAUCCUGCUCACGAACUCGGCUUCGAGCAUGUCUGUCCUUGGUACGUUAAAUGGAGUCAGUACGAGUGUCAGUGCCUUGGGUCGUGCGGCGGGUCCCGCGAUCAUUGGCUCUGCCUUCUCUUAUGGCGUGAAGAGGGGGUAUGUGAUUAUCCCAUGGUGGUUGUUGAGCGCGUUAGCGCUGUGGAGUGUUGUUCCUGCUUUUUGGAUUGUGGAGCAGGAGGGUCCCAGUCGAGAGGAGGUUGAGGAAGAGACUGAGCAGGACGAACAAGAAGCUGCUACUGGUGGGUAUGGGGCCCUGGAUGUGUCGAGGGAGAAUGGUGUGAAGGCUGCUAGGACUGAUUAA